CUACCUAGGCUCUGUUCGGCUCCGGCUCGACUGCAGCUCCUGUGGGGGUGGGCGGCGGGGGUGACAGCGGCGGGGGUGGCAGCGGCUGCGGCGCGGGACUGAGCGAGCGGCUAGCGAGCCGGGGGAAGAGGAGGAAGUAUAGCCGCGGCCCGGAGCUCUGGAGUCAGCUGCCGCGCCGGGGACCGCCCCAUUUUGCAGAGCGAGCCGAAUCCGAACCUAAGAAGACUUCCCCGCCGGGCUCCGCGCCUCCUCGCCGGCGCCCUGCCCUGCCCCGCCUGUCCCAGCCCCGGGUUCCGCCGGGACGCUCCCUGCCCCGCGGUCCGGGGCGUGUGGCCGGGACGCCCCGAGCCCCCGACCCUGAUCCAGUGCACCGGAGAGGGACGCUCCUGGCCCACCAUACGGCUCUAGGGUUAAGGGCUCAUUCCCAGCCUUUCUAUAGUGUGUGUUGGAGCCCCCAGCCCUCCGACCGCGGUUAAGGCGGGGUGCCCCCAGCCCCCUGACUGAGUGCAAAGCAGCCCGGACGCCUCCAGACUCUGGUUCCCCGAAACCCGAACCUUCAGCUGCCUCCGAUCCGGUGCUUCGGACUUGGGACCGUGCGAACAUUCAGGAAACCCCGGCCCGAGUUCAGCGCCCCGUGAGGGGUCCAAGGCGGGCUGGAUACUCGGACUGAACCAAACCGGGCUGGUGCUUCGAGUCGAAGCUGCCACCUUCCUGCCGCCCCAGGCGAGGGGCUGAGCGCUUGCCCCCAAGAGAACACAAGAGAGAGCCGAGAAGUGCAGCUCUCCCACUGACGUGACAUCACCACCUCUGUGGACAGGACCCCCCAGGAGCCUGGCUCACAGCCACUGGUGCCUUCUUCCAGGACCAGCCGGGGGCCUCCAUGGGCGCCUGAGAGCAGGGUGCCAGGGCCGCGGGCGUGAGCAUGGUGAGACACCAGCCCCUGCAGUACUAUGAGCCGCAGCUCUGCCUCUCCUGCCUCACGGGCAUCUACGGCUGCCGCUGGAAGCGCUACCAGCGCUCUCACGAUGACACCACACCGUGGGAGCGCCUCUGGUUCCUGCUCCUCACCUUCACCUUCGGCCUCACGCUCACCUGGCUGUACUUCUGGUGGGAAGUCCACAACGACUACGAUGAAUUCAACUGGUACCUCUACAACCGCACGGGCUCCUGGAGCGACUGGUCCGUGCCCAUCCUCAUGACCACAGCAGCCGCCUUCACUUACGUCGCAGGCCUCCAGCCCUGUGGGCCCCCUGUUCAGGUCCUGGCACUAUGUCACAUUGCCGUGGGGCAGCAGAUGAACCUGCACUGGCUGCACAAGAUAGGGCUGGUGGUCAUCCUGGUGGCUACAGUGGUGGCCAUGUCAGCUGUGGCCCAGCUGUGGGAGGACGAGUGGGAGGUGCUGCUGAUCUCCCUGCAGGGCACAGCGCCGUUCCUGCACAUGGGGGCCCUGGUCGCCGUCACUGCGCUCUCCUGGAUCGUGGCAGGACAGUUUGCCCGCGCAGAGCGAUCCUCCUCCCAGAUGGCCAUUCUCAGUACCUUCUUCACCGUGGUGUUUGCCCUCUACCUGGCCCCUCUCACCAUCUCCUCUCCCUGCAUCAUGGAGAAAAAGGACCUGGGUCCCAAACCUGCCCUCAUCGGCCACCGCGGGGCCCCCAUGCUGGCCCCAGAGCACACGCUGAUGUCCUUCAGGAAGGCCCUAGAGCAGAAGCUGUAUGGACUCCAGGCUGACGUCACCAUCAGCCUGGACGGCGUGCCCUUCCUCAUGCACGACGCCACCCUGCGCCGCACCACCAACGUGGAGGAGGAAUUCCCGGAGCUCGCCCGCAGGCCCGCCUCCAUGCUCAACUGGACCCUGCUACAGAGGCUCAAUGCUGGCCAGUGGUUCCUGAAGACGGACCCCUUCUGGACGGCCAGCUCCCUGUCACCGUCCGACCACAGGGAGGCCCAAAACCAGUCCAUCUGCAGCCUAAUGGAGCUCUUGGAGCUGGCCAAGGGCAAUGCCACGCUGCUGCUCAACCUGCGUGACCCGCCGCGGGAGCACCCCUACCGCGGCAGCUUCCUCAAUGUCACGCUGGAGGCCCUGCUGCGCUCGGGCUUCCCCCAGCACCAGGUCCUGUGGCUGCCUGACAGGCAGAGGCCCUUCGUGCAGAAGGUGGCUCCCGGCUUCCAGCAGACAUCGGGCUCCAAGGAGGCAGCUGCCAGCCUGCGGAGAGGCCACAUCCAGCGGCUGAACCUGCGCUACACUCAGGUGUCCCGCCAGGAGCUCAGGGACUAUGCAUCCUGGAACCUGAGCGUGAACCUCUACACGGUCAAUGCCCCGUGGCUCUUCUCCCUGCUGUGGUGCGCGGGGGUCCCGUCUGUCACCUCUGACAACUCCCACACCUUAUCCCAGGUGCCCUCCCCCCUCUGGAUCAUGGCCCUUGGUCUGGAGCCCUGGUCUGGACCAGCCGUGACUGGAAGCUGGUCGUGGGCCAUCUGUCCACAGCCCCCGGACGAGUACUGUCUCAUGUGGGUCACCGCCGACCUGAUCUCCUUCAUCCUGAUCGUUGGCAUCUUCGUGCUCCAGAACUAUCACUUGAUCAGGUGGCGCCUGGGUGGCAUACGGAGCUACAACCCCGAGCAGAUCAUGCUGAGUGCCGCGGUGCACCGGACCAGCCGGGACGUCAGCAUCAUGAAGGAGAAGCUCAUCUUUUCAGAGAUCAGCGACGGCAUGGAGGUCUCCGAUGAGCUCUCUGUAUGUUCGGACAACAGUUAUGACACGUAUGCCAACAGCACCACCUCCCCUCUGGGCCCCCAAGGGAGCGGCAGCCGCGCCACGACCCUCACAGACCGGAGUGGGCGUUAGCUGAAGACCCGUCUGUCCAGCCUGUACCUCAUGUGGAGACAGGGGAAGCCCACAGAGCUGGCAGAAGCGUGCUCUGGGAGCUGGCGCCACAGUCUCCUUGUUGGCUCCAGCCCCUUGUCAGCCAUGGCCUCUCUUGGAGGGGGCUCCCCUCGCCAGCCUCUCAGAUGCCCCUGCGGGCCUGGGGCUCCUUUUUCUGGGAAGUUUGGGGCUCGGGGCUCGGGGCCUGGUCCACUCCCGGAGGCCCUCCCUUGCAUCCUGACCUGGAAGUUUGAAGGGUCACUGGGCCGUGCCAUGCCCCCUGCGGCAGUGGAGGAUGUGGAGCCUGCGUGUGCCCACGUGUGUCUGUCCUCCUGUCUGUGCUGUGAGGAAACCACCUUCUCCGUGGUUCUCCUGCCUCAAGGGCCUGCGCUAGGCCUCUGCCCCAGCACCUCUGCUCUUCCAUCAGCCUCAAAGCACAAGGAAGCUUGGCCCAGGAGCAACGCCUGCUACAGUGGUGGAGACACUCCUCCCCUGCCAGCCUCCUGCUGCCGCUGGCCCUGCCCCGGGAGAGGGUCCGAGCCAUAUCCCCUAGGAGCAGCUGGAGAUGGCAAGAGCGGGCUCGGGGCUGCUGGAUCCACACCCAGGAGAUGCACAGACUGACAUGGCUGCUGGAUCCACGCCCAGGAGAUGCACAGACUGACAUGGCUGCUGGAUCCACGCCCAGGAGGUGCACAGACUGACAUGACCUCAGGUUCCCACGUCAGUGGCCAAGGGCAGGGGCCACCUGGGAAAAGUGUUCAGGCAUGGUCAGGGGUGGGUAUAUGGCCAAGGAGGCCUUCAGCGGAGGGAGCCUGAGGGGCCUUGGCCAAGAUGAUUAAAGCUGCCAUCUUGA